CCCCAUCCCGCCGAAGAAGUCUACGUGACUGGCACUUUUGAUGGUUGGUCCAAGAGUGAACAACUGGUCAAGGUCAGGGAUGGCUUUGAGAAGAAAGUGACGCUCUCUGACUCGUCUCAGAAGAUUUACUACAAGUUUGUUGUCGACCACGAGUGGAUUACAGAUCACGAAGCGCCUCGAGAAAAAGACCACGAAGGAAACGAGAACAACUUUUUGCUUCCUUCCCAAAUAAUGGCUACCAAACAAGAAGCCGGCCCCGGCGCCGCUGCUAUCAGCUCAGCUGCUCCCGAGUCCACCACCGCUCAAUUGGCUGGCGCCAUUCCUCUCGAGGAGACCAAGGACAAUCUCACAGCUCCUGGCGGUUAUCCCGAGACGCCCGCCGCCGAUGCCAACAAGGAGUUCAAGAUCAGCCCGCUCCCUGCAACGGAAGGCGCCCUGAACCCAAUCAAGCUCGAACCUGGCCAAGAAAAGAUUCCCGAGGGAAUCGCUGCUGGAAACACCAACAGCAACGUGACGCUAGACAAGGAGUCGUACGAGAAGAGCGAUCGCAUCCCGGGCCUUGAUACGGAGCUGCCUCCCAUUUCCAACACCAUGAUUCCGGAGUCGAGCCUGCCGAUUCUUGGCGGCGAUGUCGUCGCGUUUAGCAGUGCUGCACCCAACUCAACCACUGCCGCGCUGGCUGGCGCGGUCCCUCUAGAGGAGCCCAAGGUGCCCGAAAUUGUCAAAGAAAGCCAAGAGAAGGCCCAGGUGGACCCUGAGGCCAGCGGUAUCAGCGAAGAAGUCAAAGAGAAGGCUGCCGUUGAGGAUGAGCUCCUUCAGAAGGUUUCCGAAGCCCCUUCAACAUCAGAGGGCACUUCUGGUAAAGGUACCGAGAAGAGCGAAACGGACAAGACCAUCGCCGAGACAGUCGCUACGGCGGCGGCCACGGCCGGCGCGGCAGUAUUAGGCGCGGCUCUCGCUGCCAAGCAAACAGCGACUGAUACCGCCACAGACGUCGCAGCAUCGCUACCCGGACUGCAGGAGUCAGUGAAGCAGGCUCUGCCAGUCUCUAUUCAGGAUGCUAUCGGUGCGACCAAGAAAGAAACCGCGCCCGAGACCAUAUCCUCCGAAGUCCCAGCCGAAGUGAAAGAGUCCAUUGAGAAGUCAGGGGAGAGCCCCGAGGCUGCCGCAAGCACAGCCGCAGUCGAGGAGAAGAAGGAAGUUGAAGCCGAGCUUUUGAAGCAAGUUGAGGUGGCUCCGGUAACAUCCGAGUCAUCAACUCAGCCCGCCGAGGCGCCCAAGGAGGAGCCUGUCCAAGUCGACGCCGUUAAGCCGACAACAAACGGUGCCGGCACCACCACAACGAAGACAUCAGAGACAACCCCGCAACCGGCCGUAUCUGCACCCGCUGAAGGCGUGGCUGCCAGCAGCAGCAAACCUACGGACGUCGCAGCCUCGUCAGAGAAGAAGAAGAAGAACAGACUGAGCGCCAUCUUCAGCAAGCUGAGACACAAGGUUUCAAGCAAGGAUAAGGCGUAA